GGGCGCGCGCGAUCCAGAGAGGUGAACCGUUUUUGUGGGGGUUGGGGCGGCAGCGACACUUCCUGCCUGGCGUCUGGGAGCGCCGCCGAGCCCACAGCGCCGUCGACAUGGAGCCCGAGCCCGUCACGCUCCUGGUGAAGAGCCCCAACCAGCGCCACCGCGACUUGGAGCUGAGCGGCGACCGCAGCUGGAGCGUGAGCCGCCUCAAGGCCCAUCUUAGCCGCGUCUACCCCGAGCGCCCGCGUCCGGAGGACCAGAGGUUAAUUUAUUCUGGGAAGCUGUUGUUGGAUCACCAGUGUCUCAGGGACUUGCUUCCAAAGCAGGAAAACCGGCAUGUUUUGCAUCUGGUGUGCAGUGUGAAGAGUCCUUCCAAAAUGCCAGAAGCCAGCACAAAGGUUGCUGAAUCCAUAGAGCAGCCCGCUGGUCUUAAUCAGGGACAGUCUCCUGGGGAUUCCUCAAGUGACGGUUUAAGGCAAAGGGAGGUUGUUCGGAACCCUUCUCCCUCUGGAUGGGAGAAUAUCUCGAGGCCUGAAGCUGUCCAGCCGGCGUUCCAAGGCCUGGGGCCUGGUUUCUCAGGCUACACAACCUAUGGGUGGCUGCAGCUCUCCUGGUUCCAGCAGAUAUACGCACGGCAGUACUACAUGCAGUACUUAGCAGCCACUGCUGCAUCAAGGGCUUUUGUCCCCUCGCCAAGUGCACAAGAGAUACCUGUGGUCUCUGCGCCUGCUCCAGCCCCUAUCCGCAACCAGUUUCCAGCUGAAAACCAGCCCGCCAAUCAGAAUGCUGCUCCUCAAGUGGUGGUUAACCCUGGGGCCAAUCAGAACUUGCGGAUGAAUGCACAGGGUGGCCCUAUUGUGGAAGAAGAUGAUGAGAUAAAUCGAGAUUGGUUGGAUUGGACCUAUUCAGCAGCUACGUUUUCCGUCUUUCUUAGUAUCCUCUACUUCUACUCUUCCCUGAGCAGAUUCCUCAUGGUCAUGGGGGCCACCGUUGUUAUGUACCUGCAUCAUGUCGGGUGGUUUCCAUUUCGACAGAGGCCAGUUCAGAACUUCCGGAAUGAUGGUCCUCCUCAGGAAGCUGCAAAUCAGGACCCCAACAAUAACUUCCAGGAAGACCCUGAUCCUGAAAUUGCAGACCCCAACCGCCUCCCUCCAGACAGAGACGUAGUGGAUGACGAGCAGACCAGCCCUUCGUUUAUGAGCACAGCCUGGCUCGUCUUCAAGACUUUCUUUGCCUCUCUCCUUCCGGAAGGCCCCCCAGCCAUAGCAAACUGAUGGUGUUUGCUGUCUGGCUGCUAGAGGCUUUGGCAGGCGUGGACUGGAUCAUCUGGUUCCGGCUAGAUUUCCUUACCUGGACGUGGCGAUGGCACAGAAUUAGUAAAAGAAUCAACAAAGAGGAUGAUAUGCUUUUGUGAUUCUGCAAAAGCAGAAAGUAAGACGUGAAGCCAUGAUACAAAUUGAUGAACAAAAAAUGCCUAAGGCUUCUCAUGUCUUUAUUCUGAAGAGCUUUAAUAUAUAUUGUUGUAGUUUAAUAGACAUUGUAAGUAGAAGGCAUUAGUGUCGCAUGUUUAUGCCUGAGGAACUUUUCCAGAUGUGUGUGUCUGCAUGUGUGUGUGUACAUAGAUGUCAUAGAUGCAGAAAUGGUUCUGCUGGUACGAUUUGAUUCCUGUUGGAAUGUUUAAAUUACACUAAGUGUACUACUUUAUAUAAUCAAUGAAAUUGCUAGACAUGUUUUAGCAGGACUUUUCUAGGAAAGACUUAUGUAUAAUUGCUUUUUAAAAUGCAGUGCUUUACUUUAAACCAAGAGGAGCUUUGCAGAGGUGAAAACCUUUGCUGGGUUUUCUGUUCAAUAAAGUUUUACUAUGAAUGACCCUG